AUGUUCAAUUCAUGGGGCAUCAUCAACACAUUCGGCUCCUAUCAAGCAUAUUACGAGACCGACCUUCUAAGAGACACCUCACCCUCCGCAAUAUCUUGGAUUGGAUCCAUUCAGGCCUUUCUCCUUCUCAUGGUUGGUGCCUUGACUGGACCGCUAUAUGAUGCAGGCUAUUUUCGGUCUCUCCUCAUUUUCGGAUCUAUCAUGUUGGUGCUUGGGCAGAUGAUGCUUUCGCUCUGCCAUGAGUACUGGCAGGUACUUCUUGCCCAGGCAUUCUGCAUCGGUAUCGGAACAGGCGCGCUCUUUGUUCCAAGUGUCGCAAUCCUAUCGAACUACUUCUCAACAAGGAUUGGCUUAGCCAUCGGCAUCGCAGCAUCUGGAUCAUCACUCGGCGGUGUCCUCUAUCCAAUCGUGUUCCACAGGCUACUUCCUACGCUUGGAUUCGGCUGGACUACAAGAGUGCUGGGCUUCAUAAUCUUGGCUACGAUGGUCAUUCCGAACCUCUGCAUGCGAAUUCGCAUUCUACCCGCAAAGAAGCGCUCACUGCUCGACUUCGGAGCAUUCCGGAUACCGGCAUAUUCUUUCCAGGUUGCAGGCUUCUUUUGCGGCUUCAUGGGAUUAUAUGUGCCGUUCUUCUAUGCUCAAUUGUAUGCACUGCGAGAGCACCUCACGAAUGAGAAUCUGGCAUUCUAUCUCCUUGCUGUCAUGAACAGCACAUCCGCUUUUGGGCGUAUCAUUCCCAACAUCUUCGCCGACAAAGUCGGCCCAUUCAACGUUGUCGUUCCGUGCUGUCUCAUAUCCGCAACUCUUUGCGUGUGUUUCAUCGCCGUCAACUCUUCAGCGGGCAUCAUCGUACUCAUGGCGUUCUAUGGCUUCUUCUCCGGGUCAUUCGUCAGUCUACCACCCACCAUUGUCGUCAUGCUGAGCCUGAAUGCCCGAGAAAAAAUUGGCACAAGGCUGGGUCAAGGCUUCACGGUCAUUGCAUUCGGGGUCUUAGUCGGUACACCAAUUGGAGGCGCCGUACUUGACAAGGGUGGCUUUCCUGCAUUAUGGGGCUUUCGGUGGCGCUAUGCUAUUUUUGAGUGCGGGGUUUGCUAUUUGCGGCUAGGAUUACUUGGGCUGGAUGGAAAGUCUUGA